AUGGCGAGGAAGAAGGUCAAGCUCCAAUGGAUAAUGAAUGACACAGCCAGGAGGACAACUUAUAAGAAAAGAGUGAAGAGUCUGAUGAAGAAGGUGAUGGAACUGAGUACCCUAUGUGGGGUUGAGGCGUGUGCCAUCGUCUACAGUCCGUAUGAUCCGCAGCCAGAGGUUUGGGCCUCUCCAAUGGAGGCUGUACGGGUGAUUGGGGAGUUCAAGUGCAGGCCCGACCAGACUAAGAAGAGGUUAGACCAAGAAAUCUACACCCGGGAGAGGGUGGCAAAGGCCAAGGAACAAGUGGUGAAACAACAGAAGAAGAACAUGAGAAUGGAGAUGCAAAACCUUAUGGACCAGUGCCUGGCUGGGGUGCAGGGGUUGCAGCACUUGAACAUCAAAGAGCUAAGCGAUUUGACAUGGUCCAUUGAUGAUCGGUUAAAGGCUAUCAACCACCAGAUGGAGUUCUUUCAUCAUCCGGCACCCCAGCCUGGUGCUACUGCUGCUCCGGUUGCUGUUCCCGUCGCCCAAAACACACAUCUGGAGGUGGCGCUUGAGUCACUCGAGAAUCAAAUCCUAUUGGACACAGCUCCAAUGCCUCGAGACAGUCUGUUCUCUGUGGCCUACCGAGGAGGCCAAGACAUGAUGCUUCCUGGUCUUUAUGAUCAUUACGAGGACCCUAGUUUCUGGGGGCCUCCCUUCUUCCCUUGA